AUGGGAAAGGAAUAUUCAAAGCAUCUUGAAACGCACAUAGAACAAGGUUUAUAUAAGUGUACUUUUUCCAAAUGUGGAAGGAAAUGGCGUACCCUACAAUUACUUCGGCAGCAUUACGAGAAACAUCAACCUAAACUUCUAUGUGAAAUCUGUGGCUCUUUCCUUUCUUAUAAGAAAGGACUAGGAGAGCACAAGAAACAAUACCACGGAGUUAGAG